UUUCUCUACUAUUCUUUUCUUACUGGAUGAAGGAAGUAGGUUUGGCUUCUCCUUUGAGUAGAAUUACACCUAAGAGGAAGAAGAACUUGCUGCCUUGCACGACCUGUUUUCACCUGGAAUCAUUUAUUUCAGAUAAGGACCUAAAGACAGAAGGAUUUGAACUGGAAUCCUGCCGCAGCAUGAUUGCUUUAAUGGAUACAGACGGCUCGGGGAAGAUAAACUUCGAUGAAUUUCGACACCUCUGGGACAAGAUUAAAAGCUGGCAGAAAAUUUUCAAGCGUUACGACACAGAUCACUCAGGAACCAUUAACAGCUACGAGAUGCGCAAUGCGGUCAAUGACGCAGGGUUUCGGUUGAACAACCAGCUCUACGACAUCAUCACCAUGCGCUACGCCGACAAGAACAUGAACAUCGACUUCGACAGCUUCAUCUGCUGCUUCGUGCGCCUGGACGCCAUGUUCAGAGCAUUCCACGCCUUUGAUAAAGAUGGAGAUGGCAUCAUUAAGCUCAACGUCCUGGAGUGGCUGCAGCUCACGAUGUACGCGUGACACCGGCCCCAGAGCCCACCUUCAGCGAGACAACGCUCAAGGCGUCCGUUUUGGGCCACAAGCUUCAUUCAUCCCCAGCGCAAACGAGCAUUUCCUAAUUAGGUGCUUCACUCGCCGAGAUAAACAGCGCCUGGGAAGGAUCCCUGGGAAAAAGAGAAC